AUGUCUGGUGAAAAAGAAGAGGAAUGGAACGCCACUUCAAUUUCAAAGGAUGAGGAGGAAAUCUCUCAGAUUUCUGAAAGCCAAGGAGCUGGUUCUAAUGCUAAUGAAAUGGGCAAAAUCUCAGAAGUUCCUGAGAUGCACACAAAUCCAGAUAUAUUACAAUCAGGGACAAGUUCUGAAAUGGCAGAGAGUUCCUCAAGCAGCAGACAGCAGGAACAAAAGUCAGGCGAAUUCCUGAAGAACCUUACAGAUCUAUUGGAAAGUGCUCAUGAGGUUUCUCAAAGAGAUUCAGAAGAAAAUACUCUGCACUCUCCAAAGAAACUUGAAAUAUCACAAAAGAUUCCAGUUACUUCAAUGCCUGAAACAAAGGAUACUGAUCUCAUGGCUUAUAUGUAUGCUGAAGGAUUAUGUGAAAUCCCUUCUGAUUUUUUUGAAGGGCAAGUGAGAAAAACCUUACUACAAUCUAUCGAGAAUGCUAAACCAACUGAAAAGGUAUCAAUAGAUAUGCUUUCUGAAUUGAUGCUGGAUGAUUACACAGUUCAGUUAAAUGCUAAAGGACUGACGGAAAUUCCUACAGGAAUUUUUGAUAUCAAAGGGUUAAAAUACUUGCAAUUAAACCACAAUGAAAUAAAAAUAAUUCCAAAAGCAAUAGGUACACUGACAAACCUAGACAUAUUAUCCAUGGAAGGAAAUCAGUUAACAUCAUUACCUCCACAAAUUUCCCGACUUCAAGACUUAAGAACGCUAAACAUCAGUCACAACCAAAUAUCAUGUCUUCCCUAUGAAUUUUCAAGACUGAAGAAUCUCAGGUGCCUUUUGAUCAGCCAUAACAACUUUGAGGAGUUCCCUUCUUCAUUGGAAAGUCUUGUAAGACUGGAAAUUUUAGAUCUCAGUGGGAACAAAUUAACUUUGCCAGAGAGUAUCAUUAGCAUGAAAAAAUUGACUGUGCUUUGCUUGGAAUCCAGUUGUAUUUCAAUAUUCCCAAAGGUUCUGUGCUAUCUUCCGAAUCUAAGUAAACUCAGUUUGUCAAAAAAUCAGAUCAAAAGUUUACCAAAGGAAAUUAAGGAACUUAAAAUGUUAAAAGAACUUUCACUGAAGCACAACAAGCUUAUAUUUCUGCCUGUACAGCUUUUUCAAUUGAUCAAUUUAGAAAAACUGAGCUUAAAAGAUAACCAGUUGGAAAGUCUUUCAGAUAAGGUAGAGAGCUUGCAAAAACUCCAAAAUCUCAAUCUUGCCAAAAAUUUAUUGAAAAGCAUUCCAGAUAAUCUUUGUAGUUGUACCAUGCUGGAACGUCUGAUCCUUAAUGACAAUCAGCUAAAAGAGCUACCCAGCGAUCUGCACAAGCUAAGAUAUCUAAGGGAAAUUAGCAUAAACAGAAAUAAACUGAUCUACUUAGAUGAACAAAUAGCAUUCUUUAAAUCUCUCUCAGUUAUAGAAGCAUCAGGAAAUUCAUUAAUGUACAUUCCAGUUGAAAUAAAAAGUUGUACAGAAAUUACUAGAGUUGACAUAAGUUACAACAAAUUGGCUCUGUUUCCAGUUGGAUUGUGUGCACUGGCUGCUCUUAAACAUUUAAAUCUCAGUGGAAAUUAUAUUUCUGAAAUAAUUCCUGAAAUUAAAUUCAUUACAAUCCUGCAGUAUCUAAAUCUAAGUCAGAACAAAUUGCCCUCAUUUUCCAUACACUUAUGCACUCUUACCAACCUGAGCUACUUAGACUUAAGUAACAAUUCAAUAAGUAGUAUCCCAAUACAUGUGAAAUAUAUGAAGUCUCUUCGAGUUCUGCUCUUACACCAUAACAAAUUUGUUUUGUUUCCCAGUGAGAUAUGUGCUCUUAACCAUCUUAAGAGUCUUGAUCUUUCAGAAAAUCAGAUCAAGAUCAUACCUUCAGAGGUUUGUCAGUUGCAAGAGCUAAAAGACUUAAAUUUGUCAAACAAUUACCUUGUAUCAUUUCCAAAUGAAAUAUGCCAACUUUCAUUACUGGAGAAGCUAAUACUGUGCCAAAAAAAUGGAUUAAAGUUAAGCCAACUUCCAGAAAAGAUAUCUGAGCUGAGUUCCUUGAAAGAACUUGAUGUAUCUCAUAACGAAUUAAAGGAAUUGCCAGAAGGAUUAGGGGAGAUUAAAACUUUGUUCACCUUAACAGCAAAUGACAACUGUUUAACAAAGCUUCCCAAAAGUUUUUCUUCACUCUACAGUUUACAGCGCCUGAAUUUGAGAGACAAUAAGAUUCUAGCUUUGCCAAGUGAUCUGCACUUUCUUCAGUCCUUGAAAGAUAUAGAUUUUGAUGGAAAUCCUCUGGUUCGACCUCCACUGGAAGUCUGUAAAGGAAAACAAAUACUCACCAUUACACGCUACUUACAAUGUGCGGAUGAAAGAGAUGAUAAGAUCCUGCAGAGCGUAUUGAAGAUCAUUGCUAGCAAUAUAUCCUUUGAAAAUUUUGAAUUUUUUUGCCAAAGACUGCAACUUAAAAAUGAUGUAUACAAAUCUAUUGAAAACAACAGAUCUAUUACAGUAGAAGAGAAAGUCACACAGGCACUGGACCACUGGAAAACUGAAAAUGAAGCUUUGUCGCCUGCUGCCAUGACAGACCAGCUGAUCAGAGUAUUAACCAUGACAGGUCUAUAUUAUCUGACCAACAAAGCAAAAGCUUUAAAACUUUGUUCCAGACUAGUGAAGUUCUGA